UAACCAAACUGUAGAAAGGAGGUGAGCUGUCGGUGUUUAUGUGACGCCGGGGUGCUCCUCCUUCCCUCCCCGGGGCAGGGAGCCGCUCCACCGCCGUCGCCGCCUCCUCGUCCGGGUUCACACAUGUCGACCGCCGCGGAAAAACUUACGCCUUUUUUAAGAGCGGAGUUCAGGGGGGAAAUCACCGUGACAGGCCGUAGAUGAGCGUCAUGGUGGAUUACAGUGUUUCAAAUGGACCUGGAUCCGUGUUCUCGUUUGAACCAGAGGACCUGGCUCUGAUAUCCCUCCUGGAAUGCCCCUUGUGUUUUGAGCGGCUGGAUGCUUCUGCCAAGGUGCUGCCCUGCCAGCACACCUUCUGCUUGUCCUGUCUGCAGAGGCAUGGGGUGGCCCAGUCCCAGCUGUUCUGCCCGGAGUGUGGAGCUCCUGUCCCUGUCAGGACAGUGGAGGAGCUUCCGGAAAACCUGCUGCUGGUCCGGCUCCUGGAGGGGCUUCAGGGCCUGUCAGGACCUGGAAAAAGCCCAAACAGGGUCCUUUAUGCAUUGCCAGUGGAUAAGGGCAGGUUUGAGGAUCAGCAGCAGGAGGGUCAACGCAGAGAGUGGCAAGGAUACAGUGAGGCGGCCUUCAGAUCGUCAGCAAGCAACCAUCGGGCUGACGUAUCGGGGGAGCUGGUCUUCACACCUGCUAGCAGUGUCCCUCCCAGCCACAAAGCAGAGGACAAGCGGUACUAUGAAAACAGCAGCGACAGCAGCAGAGCGUCUCUCAGCGUGCUGCAGGCGGGCAGCCAGACGCCUCAGCUGCAGCCCCUGCAGCAGGCCCUGCCGCAGCCUCUCUGCAGGGCGCUCUGUGACUUCAACCCAGAAGAGAUGGAUGUGGAAAACAGCAAAUAUUAUCUCAGCUUCCUUAAGGGAGACAUCCUGACCGCCAUCAGGCGAGUGGACGAACACUGGAUCGAGGCAAAGUUGGGGGAGAAAGUUGGGAUUUGUCCCAGACAGUUUGUAGAGCCAAACUCUGCAUCUGCCAAGCUGCUUAAAGGAAAGGGCCGGAGCGGGAGUGACUCAGCAGAACCUCACCAUCAGUCCGGCAGCGGGGGCAAAGACAAGGCCGCUGACGCAUCCAGCCGCUCUGCCCAUUACGGAGUCCCUCAGGUCCAAACCAAGACCCCCGUCAUCAAUGCUUUGCGGAAGCAGCCCACAGCCAGCUCCUUCCAGCCGCCCGCCAACAUCAGCUUCAUCCCUCAGGGUCAGCCGCAGCAUUUCUCUGUGCCCUCCGCAACACGUAGCCAGUCCUACCCUCGCAGAGUGAACUCUCGGCGAAACAGCCGGCGCUCUGACUCCCACAGACACCUGUUACAGAGUGAGAAGAAAAUGACCAGUGAGACCCCGUCCACAAUCUCCAUGGCUCUGAUGAACCCCCAAAUGGCCUCCUCCUCUGCAGACGGCAGAAACUCCUCCACGCAGCAGCUCUCGAUCAGCGUGUGCGCUGUCCUGUACUCCUACAAACCUCGACGACCGGAGGAACUGGAGCUGAGGAAAGGAGAGAUGGUGGGCGUGUACGGGAAGUUCAAAGAUGGCUGGCUGCGUGGGCUGUCGCUCCGAACGGGGAAAGUGGGCAUUCUUCCUAGCAACUACAUCACCCCUGUGCUCAGAACCUCAGCCAGACUUUUGGAGACCAAAGCAGCUAACGCAUCAUCGCAUUACAACACAGUAUCUGGGAAGAAACCCACCGCUGCAAAAAGUCCCACUGUGGUCCUUGCUCUCGACAAGGUGGGUGGCGAUGGAACGAAAUUCUCAACAGGACCGGUGUCAACUGUGCCAAAUGGAGCACAGCACGCCGCGUCCUCCAGUGGAGCUGCUAAACCGUCCUUUUAUGGGACGUCUCAAGGUUGGGACACUGUGAGACGUGUUUUCAACCCCAGAGCAUCAAACCGUCCCUCUCAUGUGUCCUCUUAUAACAUCCCGUCCAACUCGCAACCUUUCGCACAAGUUCAAGCGUCGGGCUACUCACCUGCUCUUCAGAGAAAGAGAAACAGCAGCUUCCCAUUCUCCAACUCCAAACCUUAUGGCUGGAUGACUGAGCCAGCAGCGCUCUCUGCUGGUGCGGUCGUGAAGGACAGGGACUGUGGUGCCUCACAUGAAGCAGUAUUUCAGCAUCACAGGCAGCCUGCUGCAAAUGCACCUCAGUCGAUUUUAGUCAGACCUGACGCACAGAAAAACAGCAUAGACAAGCCUCCAAAAUCAGUUCGGUUCCUGACGGAUGACGAGUCUCCUCCUCCAAGACAUCGGACCUCCUCUUGGUCAUCUGGGUCUCAGGUUCACCCAAACUGUCGUCCUGGGCCCCUGCCUUUAGAAGUGUGGGCCCCUUCUCUCACCAUGGGGAGAGACGGACCGGGGAUCCUCCUCAAAGACGGGAAAGGUCCAGUUCUUAGGAAGGGCUUUGAAACGGCCGUUUCUGAUCCAAGUUCUAACCCGCAGAAACCAUUCCACUCACAGCCGUCGCUGUCAGCCUUGUCCGCUCAGUUCAGCCCCGUCAGGCACAGAGUGACCACAACACAUUUAGCCCAGACAGACUCAGAGCUCAGUCUGCUGCAAGGAGAGGUGGUCCUUGUCCACAGACCUCGGCCUGACGGACGGGUCCUCCUGACGCAGGAGAGCAGCGGACAAACAGGCAUUUUCCACAACACUAUUGUCCAAGCCCUUGAGAGGCUCAGCUGACUGUGUAUUACUGCUAAAUUAAUGGAUACUUCUAUUAGGGAUGCACCGAUUGCAGUUUUCUUGCCGAUUAUGAUCUUUAAAAAGUCCAAUUUUGGCUGACACCAAUUUCUUU